AAGGGCACAAACAGGAAGUGUUAUUGUUGCUCAGGGACAGUCAGCUGGUUGGCUGUACACGGACUCUUUGUGCAGCUGUCGAAGAAGAGUGACAGAAAUAUCAACAAAGCAAGUUGACACAGAGCUCGAAGUCCGAACAGAAGAAGAUGGAGCAUGAAAUCGCUGACCUUCCAAGGGGCCCGCUGGACAUCUACAGGAAAAAAGCCUCUUUCAACUGGAAGGAAAUGCUCCACUUCAUAGAGGGAGAGGAAACACUGGUAUUCAAGCAACGUUUGUUUAGGACACUGGAGAAUGAUGCUCUGUUUGCUCGCAAGCCUGGUGAAGAUAUCCCCAUCGAGAAAAUGAGAGAGUUAAACUUCCUCAGGGUGAAGCAGCUCAUUCGCUACAACUUCUUGACACAAGAAGAGAUGAUGGCCAACCCCUGGAGGAGUGUGGUCCUCAAUGAUUGUCUGGGCAUGUAUGACUGGGCCCUUUCAGCCAAGUUCGCUCUCCACAAAGGAAUGUUUGGAGGGACUGUUGCUAACACAGGAUCAGCGAGACACAGCAAAUAUGUUAAAAACACUGAAGAUUUGAUGGUGUUUGGAUGCUUUGCACUGACUGAGCUGAGCCAUGGCAGCAACACCAGAGCCCUGAGGACCACAGCAACACAUGACCCCUUGACCCAGGAGUUUGUGAUCAACUCUCCAGACUUUGAGGCUGCAAAAUUCUGGGUGGGGAACCUGGGCAAGACUGCGACCCAUGCUGUGGUGUACGCUCAGCUCUACACAUCUGACCAUGUGUGUCAUGGCUUGCACUCCUUCAUUGUGCCGGUGAGAGAUCCCAAGACCCUUCUGGCUCUGCCCGGUGUGCAGGUUGGAGACAUGGGCAAGAAGCUGGGCCAGAAUGGACUGGACAACGGUUUUGCUUUGUUUCAUAAUGUGAGGAUCCCUCAGGAGAAUCUACUAAAUAAGACUGGAGAUGUUACUCCUGAUGGCCACUAUGUUACCCCAUUCAAGGACCCAAACAAACGUUUUGGGGCGUCUCUGGGUUCCCUGUCUGGUGGCAGGGUGUCCAUCACCAGGAUGGGUCUGGUCAACCUGAAGCUGGCUCUGAUUGUGGCCAUCCGCUUCUCAGCAACUAGGAGACAGUUUGGACCCAAAGAAGCAGAGGAAAUUCCUGUUUUGGAGUACCAGUUACAGCAAUGGCGCCUGAUCCCGUACCUGGCAGCAGCAUAUGCUCUUGAACACUUCACCAAAUCCAUCUUCAUGAACUUUGUUGAGUUCCAGAUUGGACAGAUCAUGAAGGACAAGAGUGACAGACAAGAAGAGAUGGGCAGAGAGAUUCAUGCCAUAGGCUGCUCUAGCAAACCAUUGGGCUCAUGGACCGCUCAGAGGGGUAUCCAGGAGUGUAGGGAGGCCUGCGGUGGACAUGGAUAUUUGGCCAUGAACCGGCUAGGAGAUCUGCGUAAUGACAAUGAUCCAAACUGCACAUAUGAAGGAGACAACAACGUCUUGCUGCAACAGACCAGCAACUACCUACUCAGCUUGCUUGAUGCUAAACAUCGUGAUGGUGUGCGGAUUGAAUCUCCUUUUCACACUGUGGAUUUCCUGGAUGAUUUCCACAAGAUCCUGGAAAGCAAGUUUACAGCAAAUACAUCAGAGCAGUGUAUGGACUCAGCAGUGCCACUGACAGCCUAUAAGUGGCUGGUGUGUUUCUUGCUGGACGAGAGCCAGAAGAGAUUGGAACAGCAGAGGGCCUCGGGAAACAAUGAGUUUGAAGCUCGUAACAACAGCCAGGUAUACUACUGUCGUUCUCUGGCCAUGGCCUAUAUUGAAUACAACUGUCUUCAGAGGUUUCAUGAGCUGACUACUGAUCAGGACACACCAGCUCGUCUUAGACCUGUACUAUGCAAGCUGUGUAGCCUUUAUGGGCUGUGGUGCCUCAGCAGCCACAUGGCCACACUCUACCAGGGUAAUUACAUGAGUGGAGGAAAACCUGCAGAGUUGGUCCAGAUGACAAUUGUCACACUGUGCUCCCAGUUGAAGGAUGAUGCAGUUGCGUUAGUGGACGUUUUCGCACCUCCUGAUUUCAUUCUCAACUCCCCUAUUGGAUGUGCCAAUGGACAGCUUUACAAGAAUCUGUGGUCAGCAGUGUUGCAGGGCAGCCAGGUACUGGAGCGGCCAUCUUGGUGGAAAGAGUUCUGCUCAGACAAGCCUGUGGUUGGAUCACUCCGUCCAAAACUCUAAAACCUACAAGUUAAAUUUGUGUGCCCACAAAAUUUCGAACUAUACAAUGAUAUGUGCUUAUUAUGGUUAAUGAGGUCUUUAAAAUCAGUCCAACUAAAAGUUAUAUAAUACGCUACAGCAUACUAAACUAUUUUGUGAAUUACAUGUCAGGUAUCGUUUUAAGUUCCAGGGUUAUUUUUUUCCCUAUUUCUCUGCGUAUAGAAAAAUUAUGUUCUUUUUUCUAAUUAUUCUAAUGACUUAAUUUUAAACUGUAAAGAAGUAAUGCCCUGGUGACAAACAGCAACAUAGCAUGAACAAACUUCAGUACAACUCACAGUAACUUGUUUCUCUUAAAUGAUCUACUGAUCAGACAUCCAUGUGGGACUGCUAACAGUUUGCAUCUGUAGAUGAAAAUGUCAACAUUGUUGCAUUUGGUGGCAAAAUAAUGGGCUUCUUCUACAACAUCUCUGCUGCAAAAUUGUUGUCUGGUAUUAAAUUGAAAAUUCAUCCUAAUCUACUCUGCUACUAGGGCACAGAAAUUCGAUCACUGACGAUCACUACAACCUGUUCUAUAACAUGUAAUCUCUGUAUAACAGUAACCUAUCUCCGUUCUUAAUACAGAAACUUUCUAAAUGAGGGAAUCAAUUGUAUAAUGUAUACACCCAAUAGCAUUCUGAGUGCUCAAUGUACAAAUAUGGCCUCAGUAUAUAUAUUCUAACUCUUUGGCUCCAAAGAAAUGAAUCAUAUGUAAUGUGAUGUAAUAUUUUAAUGAAUGUGUAAAUGAUCAUGUCUUGAUAGAAUCAAAUAAAAAAAAUACAUUUACUAAUACAA